AUGGUCUUGUCAACAGAGAGCACGAUCAGAGAGUUGUGUCCAAGCAACACGCCGACUUCGCAGUUUUCCUCUUUACACUUCAUCGCCUCUAAGGCGAUCGGAGCGAAGAGCAUCGAAAGGCGGGCACAGACACUAGACACGAGCUCGUUUGGGCGGCAGUUCGACGCUCGAGUCCCGGCACGUUUUGGCGCAGACUGCCGAUCAGCCGGCGGGUUUCAUACCGCCGAUGGCGAGCGUGAGUAUUUGACUGGCGUCGACACCACGCCUCGCACGGCGCGGCGCAGCGGUGGGUGGCGACUGAGUACGCACCUCUCCCGUUACCUCAUUGCCAUAAUAUGGGGACUCGACCUCGCUACGCGAAAGCCCUCCGCGGUCACGGAGCACCAAAUAACACUUAUGAACUGA